AUGUUGAUUCAUUGUUGGUCAAGGAAUGAUGAUCUUGGAAACCAUAACUUGUACAUUGGGGGAGACUUUAACUUCGGGUUUGGCCUCAGGAUUGUACCUCCCUCUACCCAUUUUUACUGUGACUUCAAACGCGGUGAAAAACAUCUCUCUGAGGUUACUGUGUUUGACGAGGAUGAGGUGUUGGGUUUGUGCAACAAGACACAAAAAUGUUAUUGGCGGGGCCAAGAAGAUGGACUGUUUUUCAGCAAUGAUAACUCGUCUUGGAAAAAGUUGUAUAUGUGGAAUUAA